AGGACACGGUCGAAGCGUGGACUGGUUGUUCCCACUUGACCGUGAGCACGCCGCGCCAGGCGAAGUGAUGAAAGUUAAGUGGCGCGGUGUAAGGUCGUUACCACUUUCGUUACCGUACGCGUCGUUCUCCGCGUUCAGUAGACGAUGACCACUCGCUGGCGUCGCAUCGUUCCUUCCACCGUCCGAUACCUGCUUCUCAGAAAGAAGGCAUCGAUCGACAUGGGGGCAGGAUGGGUCUGUUCGUGUCUGUUGAUCGUUCUUGCCUCCCAGGGGGUGAACUCGUUGAACCCGGACGCCGGCCCCUGGGUGCAACCCACUCACGGCGAGCCCUGGCCGAUGCCCAACCACCGCCACGUGACCGAUAAGUUCUAUCUUCUACGAGCCUCGACCUUUCAGUUUAACGUAGUGGGGAAAACGUGCGAUAUCGUCGCGGAUGCCGUGGAGAGGUACAAGGCGAUUAUACUGACCGAAGCGCGAAUAGCGAAAAUUUCGUCUCAAGGGCACACGAGAUCCCAAAUAAGGGACAACACGACCAUCACCGAUACUCUCAACACAUUGAAUAUUCAUUUGAGGGAGCCAUGCGAGAAGGAUGGCAAUCAUUGGCCCUAUCUAGGGAUGGACGAAUCAUACAAGCUGAACAUAAACGAAACAUCCACGGUGGAUCUGUUCGCGAAGACGGUGUGGGGGAUUCUUCGGGGACUGGAGACCUUUUCUCAGCUCUUGAUCCCGGCCGGGGAUGGAUCGAACUUGAAGAUAAGAUGCCAAAGUAUCGUGGAUUUCGCCAGGCUGCCGCACCGUGGACUCCUGCUGGACACGUCCCGCCAUUACCUCCCCAUCCACGACAUACUGCUCACACUGGACGCCAUGUCUUACAACAAAAUGAACGUUCUCCACUGGCACAUCGUGGACGACAACAGCUUCCCCUACCAAAGCUCCAGCUACCCGAAUUUGUCCGCCAAGGGUGCAUACCAUCCGUCCAUGGUGUACACGUUGAACGAUAUCCAGCAAAUCGUCGACUAUGCCAGGCUGAGGGGUAUCCGGGUGAUGCCGGAAUUCGAUACUCCUGGACAUACUAGGUCAUGGGGUUUAGCCUAUCCCGAAUUGUUGACCACUUGUUACGAUACGAGAGGGAAGUUAAACGGUAAAUUGGGCCCGAUGAAUCCGACGAAUCCGAUGCUGUACGAGUUCCUCCGCCACUUAUUCGCCGAGAUCGUGCAAGUAUUUCCGGAUCAAUACGUUCACCUGGGCGGGGACGAGGUGCCGUUCGAUUGUUGGAAGAGCAAUCCCGAGAUCAAUUCGUACAUGAAGUCGCACAACAUGUCGUCCAACUACGGUCUUCUCGAGAGCGAGUAUAUCGGCAAGCUUCUUCGUAUCACGGACUCGCUUGAGGCCAACACGAUCGUUUGGCAGGAGGUGUUCGAGAACGGGGUGGUGUUGCCGAACACGACGAUCGUGCACGUGUGGACCGGCCUCUGGCCGAAGAAGUUGGAAAACGCGACGAAGGCCGGGCAUCCGGUACUGUUAUCAGCCUGUUGGUACCUGGAUCACAUAGCUGCCGGGGGCGAUUGGAAGAACUUCUACGCGUGCGAUCCUUUGGCGUUUAACAAAACCGUGAACUCGUCCCAUUUGAUGCUGGGUGGCGAGGCGUGCAUGUGGGGAGAAUUCGUGGACAGGAACAACGUGCAUCCGAGAAUAUGGCCUCGUGCCAGCGCAGCCGCGGAACGCCUUUGGACAUUUUCGAAACAAGACGACAAGAAGGCCGCUCAACGACUCGAGGAGCACGCUUGUCGCAUGAACAGGCGCGGAAUCCCGGCGCAACCGCCGAAUGGACCCGGCUUCUGCGUGAUGUAACGGGGAAAAAAAGCAAAAAGUGUCAAUUGGGGAGAAUCUUGGCCGCGUCUUUUUUUUUUUUUUUUUUUUCAUU